AUGGCUUGCGAGAUUGGAAAACUUGCAAACCCUCCACCUUGUAAGGGAAGGCUGGUCACAGUGCUUAGCAUUGAUGGUGGCGGUGUAAGAGGCAUAAUCCCGGGAACUAUCCUUGCGUUUCUCGAAUCAAAACUCCAAGAGCUUGAUGGAGAGGAUGCAAGGAUAGUAGACUACUUUGAUGUCAUUGCUGGAACAAGCACGGGAGGGCUGGUCACCGCAAUGCUUACAGCUCCCAAUAAGAAUAAUCGUCCACUCUUUGCCGCAAAGGAUAUCACCAAGUUCUAUUUGGAGAACUCCUCCAAGAUUUUUCCUCAAAAGAAUGGGAUUUUCUCUUCAAUUUUUAAUUUGUUUACCGCAGUAACAGGGCCUAAAUACAGUGGAAAGUAUCUGCACUCGAAAAUACAAGAAUUACUUGGUGAAACGAGGCUUCAUCAAGUUCUAACUGACAUAGUUAUUCCUACUUUUGAUAUUAAGCUUCUUCAGCCCACUAUCUUUUCCACCUUUGAGGCAAGACAUGCACCUCUGAAAGAUGCUCUUCUGUCUGAUAUAUGCAUUGGCACAUCUGCAGCUCCAACCUAUCUUCCUGCCCACUACUUUGAAACAAAAGAUGCUAAUGGAAACAUACGGAGCUUUAAUCUUGUCGAUGGAGGGGUUGCAGCAAAUAAUCCUACAUUAGCAGCGAUGGGCCUAAUUACUAAGGAGAUCUGCAAGGAAAACAAACACCUCUUUCCCAUCAAACCAACGGACUAUGGCAAAUUCCUUGUGAUCUCCCUGGGGACAGGAUCAGCAAAGAUUGAAGAGAAGUUCAGUGCACAGGAGGCAUCCAAAUGGGGUAUACUAGGAUGGUUGUACGACCAUGGUGCUACGCCUUUGAUCAACGUUUUUACUCAAGCUAGUGCUGAUAUGGUUGAUAUCCAUACAUCUGCAGUGUUCCAAGCACUCUAUUCUAAGGAAAACUAUCUUCGCAUACAGGAUGACACCUUAAUUGGAAGCACAUCAUCUGUGGAUAUCUCAACAAAGGAGAACUUGCUAAAGCUUGUGCAAAUUGGGAAUGAUCUUCUUAAGAAGCAUGUGUCGAGGGUAAACUUGGAGACUGGCUUGUUUGAGCUGGUCGAAGGGGAGGGAACCAAUGAAGAAGCGCUAACACAUUUCGCCAAGCUUCUCUCUGAGGAAAGACGGUUGAGGUGUGGGGAAAAAUGCUCGACAACUGAACUAUGGCUUAACCUUGCUUUGUGA